AGCAGGGAGGUGACGUACUUGUGCUACGUGUCCGGAAGCACAGUUGUCAACAUGGCGACGCAGCAGGGUGAUGUUGAUGAGCUCUUCGAUGUGAAAAAUGCCUAUUAUAUUGGCAGUUAUCAGCAAUGUAUCAACGAGGCUCAGAAAGUGAAGCCCUCGACACCAGAGAAAGAGACUGAAAGGGAUAUGUUCUUGUACAGAGCUUACAUUGCCCAGAGGAAGUAUGCUGUUGUCCUGGAUGAUAUCAAGGCCACCUCUUCACCCGAGCUUCAGGCUGUCAGAAUGCUUGCUGAGUAUCUGUCCAAUGAAGGCAAAAGGGAUGCUAUUGUUGCAGAACUAGAAAAGAAGAUGGCAAAGAGUGUUGAUGCUGCCAACACCACCUUCCUCCUCAUGGCGGCCUCCAUCUACUACCAUGAGUUGAACACUGAUGCUGCGCUAAGAACUCUGCACCAAGGAGAAAGCCUUGAGUGCAUGGCCAUGAGCAUUCAGGUGUUGCUGAGCUUGGAUCGUGUUGACCUUGCGAGGAAAGAGCUGAAGAAGAUGCAGGAGCAGGAUGAGGACGCCACUCUAACCCAACUGGCCACCGCCUGGGUUAAUAUUGCUGUGGGCGGAGAGAAGCUGCAGGAUGCCUAUUACAUCUUCCAGGAGAUGUCAGACAAAUAUUCGUCUACACUGCUGCUCCUAAACGGGCAGGCGGCCUGCUACAUGGCUCAGAACAAGUGGGAGGAGGCUGAGGGAGUGCUGCAGGAGGCACUUGACAAGGACAGCAGCCACCCUGAGACGUUGAUCAACCUCAUAGUGCUUACUCAGCACUUGGGUAAAGCUCCUGAGGUAACCAAUCGCUACCUCUCUCAGCUGAAAGAUGCACACAGAGCCCAUCCAUUCCUCAAAGACUAUUUAGCCAAGGAGAAUGAGUUUGACAGACUAGUGAUGCAGUAUGCUCCCAUAGCUACAGCAUAAAACAUCUGCUCUCGCUGAAACCUAUCAACAGUGGACUUCAGUAUCACACCAUGAGGAGUCAACAGUCUCUGUCUGUCUCUAACUUUCAUACCUGUAUUUUUUUUUUGUACUUGUAAGAAAAAAAAUAUGAAAAUUAAAUUUGGCUGUUUUAUUUAAAUGAGAACAGAAAUGGUCAUUGCUUAGGUACAGAUGAAACAUGUCUGUCUUUGUACAUCCAUUCUUAUAGAUUCACAUUUCUCCUAUGGAUAUCAAUUUGACUGUUUAUUGUAAGCAUUCCCUUUGACAUGAUAAUAAAUGUUUAAUUCCUG